AUGCUAUUCUCGAACAUGUUGACUGGCCUUGCCUUUUUGGCUGCAGGAACAACUCUAGCCACGGACUUGGCCCAACACGUCGAUGUUUUGAAAGGAACACAAAAUGGCGGCAACGACUUCCCCGGAGCAGCCAGACCCUUUGGCAUGGUCAAGUCAGGGCCCGAUCUACUUCUCCCCGGUACAGACGCAUAUGCAGGCUAUCUCUCCGAUGGCGAAUUCUCCGGCUUCAGCCUGAUGCACGAGCAAGGUACCGGGGGUGCUCCUAAAUACGGCACCGUCUCGCAACUACCUCUCAUGUGCCACGUCGACGAUCCGUUGUCGAAUAUCACUGUUCCUCGAGCGAAAACUGACUCUGAUUCGGUGGGAUACUAUCAAGCGCAUACUGCGGAGGGUGUGGAGGUGGAGCUGAGUGCGAGUACCCGGGCUGGCAUAUAUCGGUAUACUUUUCCUCAGGGUUCCGAUGAAGUGAAGAAUGUGUUGGUGGACAUUUCGCACGUGCUUCCGUCGUCUCGGGGACAGGAACUGGGCCAGCGUUAUGAAGGUGGUAAUUUGUCUGUCUUUGCGGAUGGUCAUUAUGAGGGACAUGGGAUAUGCAACAAUGGACGGAAUGAGGCGCCCAAUUGGGCGAUCUUUUUCUGCGGCUAUUUCGAGUCCAACGCAACAAGCAAUAAGACCUUUGUCGCCGUAGGUGCUGACCCGAGUGUCGAACAAACAGACAGAUCUGUCACUUUGAACGCAGAAACAAAGCGCAUCGGUGCACAUUCCACUUUCAACACAGAAGAAGUUCUCUCUCGUGUCGGAAUCUCGUGGAUUUCAUCCGAGCAAGCCUGCAGAAAGGUGAACAAGGAGAUUCCUCAAGGAACUACAUUCGCCGCUGUUGUCGACGAAGCCAAAGCCGAAUGGAGCGACAAGGUCUUGUCCAAGAUCAAAACCACCAGUACCAACGAGAAGAGUCUGAGUCUGCUGUAUACGUCUCUUGAUUUCAUGCAUCUCAUCCCUACCAAUUCAACCGGUGAGAAUCCGGGGUGGCAUUCUGCAGGGCCAUAUUAUCAGGACAUUUUCACGUUCUGCGAUCUGUUCCGGUGCCGCACGGCUCUCAUGCAAGUGCUUCAACCGGCCGCUUACGAAGAGCAAAUUCGCUCGUUGGUCGACAUCUGGCGCCAUGAUGGAUAUCUUCCUGAUGCGCGAUCAUCCAACUACAACGGCCGCACCCAAGGCGGCUCCAACGCCGACAACAUCCUUGCAGAUGCAUAUGUCAACGGCGUCCGCGGCGCCGUCAACUACGAGGGCGCAUACCAAGCCAUGGUCAAAGACGCCGAGGUGGUCCCGUCCAACAUUCCGUCGACCAUAUGGCACCAGACUCGUCCAACCCACCAGGGCCGAGGCGCACUGCCCGACUGGCUUGAACUGGGAUACAUCACGCCAAAAUUCAGUUGGGCCAUCAGCGGAGCCGUCGAGUUCGCAGCGAAUGACUUUGGCCUCUUUGAGGUGGCUGCGGGACUGGGUAAGGAGCCAGAUGCCGCAAAGUAUCUGAACCGUUCGCGCAACUGGCGGAACCAUUGGAAUCCGAAGCAGUCGUCGCUGGGCGGAUACUGGGGGGAUCCAUACUACGAGGCUAACUCGUGGGUCUACUCCUGGGCUGACGUGCACGACAUGAAGUAUAUCGUCACAUUGAUGGGAGGCUCUGAGACGGUUGUGCGUCGGCUUGACACGAUGUUUACCGAAGGAGCCAAAGGGUCAUCCGGGACCAUUUUCGAUGCCGCCAACAAGUCCAUGUUCAACAUACCCUAUCUCUACAACUAUGUCGGCCACCCGGAGCUCUCGGUGCGUCAAUCUCGUCAAGUGGCCAAGCAUACCUUUUCCACCGGUCCCAAGGGCCUGCCGGGGAAUAGUGAUGCUGCUGGGGCCAUGCAGACCUGGCUGCUGUGGAACAUGAUCGGUUUGGGCGUGCCUGUCAAUGGCAAAGUGUGGACCAAGAGUUGGUUGACAUGGGAGGAUGUCUUUGCCGAGGGUGGGUUGUUCGAGUUUCGGCUGGGGGCCCAGCCGAUCCAGUGGGCAACUGGUGAGUUGCCUCCGAGUCCCGCGUCGGAGUGA